AGCCAUGCUGUUUUGUGUGACAUAACUAGCUUAACUUCAAUUAGGAUUGAAAACAUUAAUUAUAAUAUUUCAUAAAAAUGUUUAACAAGUAUUUAUUUUAUUAAUGUAAUGAAUACUUAUAUUGUAUAUCAUCCAAAUGUAGUUGUGAAAUGUGGAAGUUAAAAAAAAAUAUUUUUUUUUUUGAACUGACUAAAUCAUAAGGAUAUUCAAAUUUUGUUUGCUUUUGAAUGGAUAGUCAAACUAAUUUCAUGAAUGGAGAUGGUGAAAACAAGCCUCAGGUUUUGCCAAAAACUUCAAGGCUACAGACAAUCAUGUCACAGUGGGCCAAAGUGCAGCAGAGUCCAAACAUCUUCAGGCAGAUGCAGCAGUAUUAUCCACCCCAUUUUCCCAUGGAGGUGAGGUACUUUCUGUGUCAGUGGAUUGAGGAGCAGCAAUGGGAUCAGAUAGAUGAAAGCAAUCACCAGUAUGCUGAACUAAUUCUAAAUGACAUGUUGACUUUGUUGCGCCAGAAAGCUGAGGAGCUGACAAGUCAAGAGUUUUUUAUUAUUAGAAUGAAGUUGGAGGAGUCCGUUCAAAAACUGGAUAGCAUUGUUAAAACCAAUCCAAUGGAAAUGGUUCAGGUCAUCAAGAACUGUCUGGCAAUGGAGCAGAAGAUCAUUGAACAGGCUGAGCAAACUACUCAGCAGCAACAGUUAAACCAAGAUUUGCCUGCGUCAGAUCAGCAAGGUACUAAUGAAAAAAUAAUGAAUGCCAUACAUGAAUUGUUGCAAAAAACAAAGGUCACUGAAAAUGACUCCAAAAAUUUACAACAUAAGCAAGAAUCCUUCAUAAUUCGUUUCAGUGAUUGCCAAAGAUUUACAGGUCAGCUUCAACAGUUGAGUCAGAUGCCAAAUUCACAGGAGAAAAUUAACAAAGAGGCUCAACUGAGACAACAGAAGGAACAGAUAGAUUUCCAGUUAGCACAAAUGGCUCAGGAGAUUUUGCAUCUCAGAGUGGCAUUAUCUAAAAAAUAUGAGGUCACUAUAGUCCAUCUACAAGAACUUCAGAAAGAAAUAUUAGAUAAUGAACUUAUUUCAUGGAAGAGGCGUCAACAAUUGGCAGGAAAUGGUCUUGUCAUGGACAGUACUAGCAUUGACACAUUACAGAAUUGGUGUGAAAAUCUUGCUGAUUUAAUAUGGCAGAAUCGCCAACAAAUAAAAAAAUCCACACAACUUCAACAGCAGCUACCUAUCAAAUUUCCAGAUGGAGAAGAGGAUAUUUUACCAAGGCUGAAUGAUACAAUCACUGGUCUUCUUUCAUCUUUAGUUACCAGUACAUUCAUCGUUGAGCAUCAACCACCACAAGUAUUGAAAAAAGAUGCAAGGUUUGGAGCUGUUGUUCGAUUACUUGUCGGGGGAAAGCUUAAUGUCCACAUGAACCCGCCCCAAGUCAAAGCCACAAUUAUAAGUGAAAAUCAAGCCAAAGAUUUGUUGAGGAAUGAUGUGAAGGCUAAAAAUGAUACCAGUGGUGACAUCUUAAACAAUACUGGCAUCAUGGAGUUCCAACCUGGCAAUGGCCAACUAAGUAUCAGUUUUAGAAAUAUGCAAUUAAAGAAAAUUAAAAGAGCAGAUAAAAAAGGAUCUGAGGCUGUGACUGAAGAAAAAUUCUGUAUUUUGUUCCAGUCAGAGUUUAGUGUUGGCGGUAAUGAAUUAGUCUUUCAAGUCUGGACAUUAUCUCUUCCUGUUGUUGUAACAGUCCAUGGGAAUCAGGAAUGUAAUGCCACAGCCACAGUACUCUGGGAUAAUGCUUUUGCUGAGCCUGGUCGCAUCCCAUUCAAUGUCCCAGAUCAAGUGGAUUGGAGUCAUUUGGCUGAUCAGUUGAACAUGAAGUUCAUGUCACACACGGGAAAAGGUCUGAGUGCCACUAAUCUCUCGUACAUAGCAUCUAAACUUUUUGGAAAUAAAGAUUCUUCUAUGGUGUCUUGGACUCAGUUCAAUAAGGAUACACUAAGUGGCAGGUCAUUUACAUUCUGGGAAUGGUUUUAUGCAAUACAGAAAUUAACUAAAGAACAUCUUAAAGAUUUGUGGAAUGAUGAAGCUAUUAUUGGUUUUGUGAGCAAAAAUCAGGCACAGGAUUGGCUCAGCAAUCGACCAAUGGGAACAUUCCUUUUAAGAUUUAGUGAUUCAGAAAUAGGAGGCAUUACAAUAGCCUGGACAGGUGAAAGACAGGAAGUUUGGAAUUUAGCUCCCUUUACUUCAAAGGACUUUCACAUUCGUGGCCUUGCAGAUAGAAUUAAGGACUUGAAUAGUUUAGUUUAUCUUUAUCCAAAUAAACCAAAAGAUUCUGUAUUCUCAAAGUAUUAUACGUCAACUGUGGAACCUGUUAUAAAUGACGGUUAUAUCAGAGCUAAUCUUAAAACUACAUUACCAGACCAUCUUACCACUAGCGGUGAAAUGGAGAGACAGCCUUUCUCUCCAGAGACAGUGUACGACAUGAAUCCCAACUCUGUACAAAACAUGGAUGAACUCCCGAUGACUCCAGACAUGUCUCGCGGGCUGGCUGAAAUGGACCUGAAUCACUUGACAGAAUUUCUGCCUGAUGACAUUGGGAUUCCAGAGAUUGAUGUGCAGCAGUUGUUAGUCAACAGUUAUAUUGAUUCUAGAGUAGUUAUGGAUUAACUUACACAAAUGGUGGGACUCAUUUUGCCUUUUGUACAUACUAGGUUUGUAUGAUAGUUUUAUGUGUGCUUGUAUUUUAACAGAUGAACGUAGGUUUGAUAUGUUAGCAAUAGCUGUUAUAUACCAUAUUAAUGCUGAUGUACAUUGUAUUAGCCUUUAAUGUGUAUAUCAAAUUAAUAUGAAAUCAAAAACAGAAAGUUGAGGGUUUUUUUUAGGGCAUCAUUGCUAACUUUGGAUCAGUCUAGCUCAAUGAAUAUUACUGUGUGUAUAUAUAUAUAUAAAUGUUUAGCAUUGAAUUUAUUGUUUGUGUUGCUGUUCCACUCAACUAAACUGUUGGUCUCUGGAACUAGUUUCAACAUUCCAAUGAAAUAAGUAGAUUUUUUUCCCUGCUUAACUGUGCCGUGCUAGCUUCAAACUUUAAAACCUCUCUGGUUAGCAUAAAACAUUAAUUGUAUGGUAAGGAAUGAGAGAGAAAAAAAAACAGCAUACACCCAUUUUACAAAAUGUUCUCGUUGAGGCUAGGUCUAAGUGAUAGUUGAAAUGUCUACAAAAAAACAAAGAAGACUGAGCAAAAUGUUUCAGUGAUCCAAUUUACAUUCUAAAUUUUAAUAGAAAUUCAAUACAACUUUUUAAAAAAUUAGACACAAGUAUAAUAAUAUUUUUUUUUAAACAUAAAAUUGACAGUAAAAGAAAGCCUCUAGUAUUUAGUGCUGCUGAAACCAAAUUAUUAUUUGACAAUAUUAUUCAAUUUUUAAAUAAAGUAGAUAAAAGUAUGAUAGAGACAAAGAGUUUUUGUCUGGUUUUUUUUUUUUUUUUUCUGGCUUAACAUAGAUGCUUGGAAACUUAUCCUGAAAUGAAAAAUUAGUUCAUAGCAACCAUUUUAUAGUGUAGCUGUGGAAGGCUGUAUUGGACAUCAAUACCAGAAACAAAUAUCUUUAGCCCACAUAACUUUUCUAAACUUAUUUGUUUUUUACUUCAAUGUAAAUAGAAUAGUCUUUGUUCAUAUAGUAGACUAGAGUUUAGACCUGUUUUAUUUUCCAUCAUUUUUUUUUUCCAUAUGUAUGUAUUCACAGAAAGACUUAUAUAUUCUAUAAUCCUCAUGAUGUGUGUUUGUGUGCAGGCCAGUCAAAUGUAUGAGAAUUAAAAAAAAACAAA